AUGCACGUCACCAUCAGCGUUCUGAGCUUCUUGCUCUUCGCACUCGGCGCAAACGCCAGCAUAACACAGAAAAACUUCACCGGCAUCGGCAACAUCUUCGUCUUGAACUCCAGUGACUGGCGCACCGCGUCGCCAACUGCAGACAAGGUCGGCUGCUUGAGCGAGGAUGGCAAGUUUAUCGCCGCAAACGGCAGAGCAGCAUGCGGAAUCUUCACCAGACUAGACGCCUUCCCGUACACCCUGUCGACCAAGAAGGGCAACUGCACGUUCAACGAUGAGUCGCAGGACCGUAACACUGACAGCAAGUAUGGGCAGUCGGACCAUGCCUGGAACUGUAACGCGACAUACGCGUCGACCAUCUACGACCAACUCUACACAAUCGACGGCUUCUCACAAGUAUACCUCUGCUUCGGCGACGUAGCAUGCUACUACGAUGCCAAAAAGGUGCCUGCGCGCAAUGAGAAGCUUUCGCUCUGGCAGUUCCACUGGGGCUCUGGCCAGCUGGGUAUCACACCAGGACACGUCCAGUUGCUGCUUCUGUGGAACAAGAUUGGUGACAGCCCUAAGAGGAAGACGAUGGAGGAUAUUCCGGGGCCGAGGCUGAGAUUGGGUGACGAGGUGCAGAUACCGCUGCUGGGGCAGAAAGAAAGGUGA